CUUUCUCUCAUUCAAUUGAACAUUUGGAGAUAGCUUCCCAGAGCCAAUCAAGCGAAGCUCCUCGUAAACUGUAGACUCGCUCUCGAUUGACUUAGCCAACAGCAUCGGCAGCGGUGCAGCCAUGGAGUCGACUUGGUUGGAUACGUCUCUCAGUUUUGACCUCAACGUCAAUCCCCACCGACAUCUCGAUGAGACUCCGAAGGAAGAAGUACUGUACACUGAUUUUCUGGAUAUGGGGAGGCAGCAAUCGGUGAACGAAGAUGCUAGUGUACUGGUGGAGAAGUUGAAUCGGAUGAAUGCGGAGAACAAGAAGUUGACCGAAUUGCUUACUGUGAUGUGCGAAAACUAUCAAGCGCUGCAGACCCAAUUGAUGGAUCUGAUGAAAAGGAAUAACGAAACGAACUUCCCUGCGUCGAAGAAGAGAAAGGCUGAAAGCAUGGAUGCCAAUAACCAGACUGGAAUUAAUGGCCCCGCAGAGAGCAGCUCCAGUGAUGAAGAUUCAUGCAAGAAGUUCAGGGAAGAUAUCAAGACAAAGAUCUCAAGAGUAUAUGUUCGGAUCGAUGCCUCCGAUACCAACCUGGUGGUGAAGGAUGGAUACCAAUGGAGGAAAUACGGUCAAAAAGUAACCAGAGAUAACCCAUCUCCUAGAGCUUACUUCAAAUGCUCCUUUGCACCAAGUUGCCCAGUCAAAAAGAAGGUUCAGAGAAGUGCUGAAGAUCGAACACUUUUGGUAGCGACAUACGAAGGCGAGCACAACCACCCACACCCUUCUCAAGCUGAGACAGCACUGGGGUCGAGCCACGGCGUAACAAUUGGGUCCGUCCCCUGCUCAGCCUCCAUCAGCUCGUCAAAUUCAGGCCCAACCAUAACACUUGAUCUCACCCAACCGGGAUUGAGUAACAGUGUCAAGAAACCCAACGAGGAGACCAAGCCUCCGGCAUUCAAACAGUUCUUGGUCGAACAGAUGGCUUCUUCCUUGACCAAGGAUCCCAGUUUCACUGCAGCACUUGCAGCUGCUAUUUCAGGAAAGAUUCAACAACAUUCAACAGUGCAGAAAUGGUGAUGGCUGUUUCUCCAACGAGAAAUUUCCAUGUAGUUUCGUUUGCUCCUCUUGAGAGCUGAGAUUCAAAUCAUGUAAAUAGAUUCUCGAAAUAACUAAAAAGGAGAGAAAAUGUGCUUUGCAUUUUAUAAUCAAAUUUGGGGUGUUCAUAUGUAACCAUCAUGUUGCAUACUUUUGGCAAAUUA